GAAGCCUGAACUCCCACAAGAGAGGAAGAAGGUGUACACGUGACACGCUGAGCUCUCGCCUAAUGCUUGGCAGCGCACUACACACACGGAAUCUGCAAACCUCAGUAGUAUCGUCAGCUACCACAAUUCCGACAACCUCGAUAACACCGCCAAAAUGGGUCGCGUUCGUACCAAGACCGUGAAGAAGUCCGCCAAGGUCAUCAUCGAGCGAUACUACCCAAAGCUCUCCCUCGACUUUGAGACUAACAAGAGGAUUUGCGAUGAGAUCGCUAUCAUUGCCAGCAAGCGUCUGCGCAACAAGAUCGCUGGCUACACCACACAUUUAAUGAAGCGUAUUCAGCGAGGACCGGUCCGUGGUAUCUCCUUCAAGCUGCAAGAAGAGGAGCGUGAGCGAAAGGAUCAAUACGUGCCAGAGAUCUCCGCGCUUGACUUCACGCAAAACAGCGAGAGCGGUCAACUUGAUGUUGACCAGGAGACAAAGGACCUCCUCAAGAGCAUGGGCUUCGACUCUAUCCCCGUCAACGUCGUUGCCGUAUCGCAGCAACAACAGACCGAACGCGGACCCCGCCGCUUCAACGACCGCCGCCCAGGCCAGUAAAAGGUGUUCUUUCGUAUGGUUGGGACGGAUUGCAUGUGAUGACUAUAACGGUUGGGU